ACCACCAUGCUUGAUGAGCUUGGGGUCGAGUCUAUUGACGAUCUGACCUUGAUGGAGGAGAGGGAUCUGGUGACAUACCUCAAACCUAUCCAAAGUCGGAAGUUAAUGAAGGGCAUCAAGGAUGGACUUGUUACUCUUAAUAUGGAGGUGGUCUCUCCUCCAGAUCAAAGUGCUCCAAGUUCCCCAGCUCCAAGUUCUCCAAACACUCUGGCCACUCCUCAAGCCUUCCAGCCUCCAAAUCAGCUGUUGGCCAGCCCUCCAAGCACUGCCCCAAGCACAUCAAGCGCUUCACAGCCUGGCGUACCAUGGCAUAUGGACUUUCAUCUCAACUGGGACCAGGUGUCAUCAGCCAUUCGACUUAGAGUGGAAAAAGAAGAAAGACCAUUGCCAGACGAAAGAAAGGCUUUUGUGGUCGUGCUUGUGGACCAAAUGAUGCAACACGACCGCAACCCAUCCAGAGCCAUGUGCCACAACGUUGUGAGAAACAUUGUCAGGAGCUAUCCAAAAACAUUUGGCGACAUUGGCAAGCACGGUGAUACUGCUGAAGACGGAUGUCAUUCUCUUCUGCAACAAGUAAAAACAAGAGUGGAGUACAAAAAUAGGAAUAAUACUCUUGCUCGACGCCGCAGAGAAGGAAGACAGCGCACGGGAAUGGCAGGAGAGGCCAGACUGGCCAGAGGUCCUGUUGACCAAUACGGGUGUGUGAGGUGGGGACCAGCAGAUUUGCCAGAGGGGGAGACCGAGGCAACGUUGGAGAAUAUGAAGAGGGAUCUGCUCAACAUCUACUCAGAGGAAGGAAUGAGUGGGGCAGAGAGAGCAGAACCAAUAAUGAAAAAGACAUACGUCAUCCUGCGGAAAUACCUUAACAAAGUGCCUGCCCCAGCGAUGUCCGAGAUCAAACUGGAGUGGCCGUUUCUCUUCUCUCAGAAAUGCCUAUUCUCACACUUUGGCCUCCUGAUGGACAUCGAUGUCCUUCAAAAACUGCAGGAGGCAAUUAGUCGACGAGGACAGACCAUCCUGGAUUACUGUGCAACACUGGACAACCCCAAGAUCCGCGAUGUUCUGGCCUGCUAUGAUCCAGACUCUGACAAGGCUGCCUGCAUCCUGCUGCUCCUAAUGUCGUACUUCAAGGAGCCGAAGGAGAAUUUGAUGCUUGAAGUUGAUCCAUGUGCCACUGCUGUGGACGUUAAUACUGCAGAACUCCCCAGCACCCCCUGCUUGAUCAUUCAAAGUGACAUGAUGAAGCCCUCUGGAUGGCUUAUAUCCAUUGAGGGACAUGUCGUAAUGGGCCCACACCCUUUGUUUUUACACGGAGUAGCUGCUUUCUUCAGCAGCUAUUACAUCUUCAACCUUGAGUAUCCUGCCGCUGGAUCGUCGACACUGGAGUUCAUUCAAAGGUGCUUCUUGGGCAUCAAUCCUGAAAGAGGCUCAAAGACCAAGAAGCGGACAACAAUGAACCCUCAUGAAGGUAGAGGGCUGUACAUGCAGCGAAAUGCUACCACCCCAGUCAUGCUGGUAAAUGGUAAUCCAGAAGUCUGCCUCAAGAGGGAUUUAAGAGUCACAAGAGCUACUGUGGCAUUCUUACUCCAGCUAAUUUCUUCACCACGAGACCACGGUUGGGGCCAGGAGAUGGAGGCUCUUGUUUUUUCUCUAUAGCUUGGCCUAUGGACUGUCACUCUCUGUGGUGAGGGCAGCCUUUGGACUUCUGGAGAGCACACAAGAUGGUCCGCCAAGUUUGCAGUGAGAUGAACGCCAGGCUCUCCACUGUUCUAUCGCUGUCAUCACUGCAUGAGAUCCCUACCGUUGCCUUAGGCUUCAGUAGACUUGCACAGAGUCCUGCAUUUCCUCAUGUUGCUGGUGCCAUAGAUGGAUGUCACAUCCACAUGCAAGCUCCAGGUAACCAGCACCGUCUUGAACUAUAAGCUGUUUCUAUCAAUACAAAUGCAGGCCAUUUGUGUAGCGGGUUUCUUGAUGUGUCCGUGGGCUAUCCAGGCUCAGUACAUGAUGCCAGGGUAUUGCGUAACAUCCCAUUCUUCCACAAAGCCCUCUACCCUCCAGCUGGCUAUUACCUCCUUGGGGACGGGGCCUACCUGUGCCUGGGCAUGUCAAUUGGCAUCCUGAUGCCUUACGAGCACCCUCUGCAAGGUCAGAUCCAGGAGAGGUUUAACGUGCAUCACUCCAAAGCUCAUUCUGUUGUUGAACAAGCUUUUGGAAAAAUGAAAUCCUGCUGGCGAGCCACACUGUCCAAAGCCCUGGAGGUCCAUUCACAUUUCACACUGGACAUCAUUGCUUGCUGUGCAUUUCUCCACAAUCUCUGCAUCAUCAUGAACAAAGUUCAGGAUGAGACGGAGGACCUCCCACCCAAUGAACGUCUCCAGAAUGGUCCCACCACUGGUGCAGGUGUACAGGAACACCUUGGACACCACUUAAGGGACAGGAUUGCUCCCACCUGUCUGAACCUGUCCACUUGCCACCACAGCUGAAUGAUCGGGAUUAUUUUUGAAUAUAGUGCACAUUUUGUUUGAAUUUCAUUUGUGCACAUUUCUCAUUUCUCCAUGAAAAAAAAAUAGCAGAUGUGAUUUAGCCAAUUAAAACUGCACAAGUUUGCCCUAAAAACUUAUUUUCUCUUUUUCUCUUUAGCACGACGAAUUUUUCCCUACAACAUGUCUUUUCUAAAGUUGCUCAACUAUUAAUUCCCCAAAUCCUGCCAAACAUGUAUGUAGGGGCACUUGAACCUCUCUCCAUGACAAAAAUGUUACAUUACCAUAGGUUCACUUCUACCACUUCUGUGUAACCCCAAACAACACAUAUGCAAUAGACUGCCGUGACACUACAGUUUUUGCAUGGUUUAUAAGUGAAAUACACAAUAAAUAAUUCAUUUAAAAUGCUGGUAUGCAGUUGUUGUGCUUCAUAGCCUUUUCACUUGGGGGAUGAUGACAUUUCCUGUGUUGACAUGUAGUUUCCUUCAGAACUGCAACUGUGUAAUUUUUUGGGUAUAGACCACAUGUCACAUCAGUAUAUUCCUUGCAUAUUCAUCCUUUUGUACAAGUGAAAAUGGGCAAUUUUUCUGAUAUGCAACUGUCAAGAUCCAUUUUAAAGGUGAGUUGUUAUACAGUAAUUCUAUAAAGUAUGUUUAUCCCGUGACAACAAAGUUACCUUGUAUCUCUUCUUGAGGUUUACCACUUCUUUGAUGCUUGUUUGGGUGACACGAUGCCCUCCAGGUCUAAUUCUUUGAUAAUGAAUCUAUUAAGCAAGUAUAAACUGAAUUUAAAUUGUUUAACUUCAAUAAUUGCACUGAAAUCUGAAUCUGAAUGGCAGAAUUUUAAACAAAAUGUAUCCAAAACUUGCUCCAAAACUAUAAUUGUUCCUCAGUGAAAAUUAGAUGUCUAUACCUCCAAGUGGAUCAUUUCAAAUUAAAAUACAUGAUUCAAAUUCAGUUUCUCGUGAAACAUGUUUUUGCCCAUAUGGCAGACUCAUUACAUUCACUCCACAAUAAACCUAAAGCCCAGCAUACACUGUACGAUUUUUGACCGGAUUUGACCCGAUUUUUGAGACGCACGACCUACCGACGCUCGGGCUGGAUUUCCGCUU